AUGGCUGCUGCUUUGUUUCAACAAUCAUGUUAUGGCGUAUUAAAAUGGUAUUUUUUUUGUACAGCUCUAAUGGAAAAAACGAGAUUUUCCAUUUUUUAUCAUUAUGGUGGGUUUGUAGCAUACUAUGACGGUGGUCGUCAUUACAUCGGUGGUAAACUUGAACCCGUUCAUGGACUUUAUUCAAAUAAUUUUAGUUUUUCGGACCUUCGAGAAGACGUGGCGAAGUUCGGUUUUCAGUUCAAUGAAUAUCAGUUAAUGUAUCAGAUUGUAAGACAAGGCGUCAAAUAUGAACUCUUUGACCUCAAAGGGGAAGCUACAUUUCCUGAAAUGAUGAAGCAAGCUGUUGAACUGAAUGGGAUACUGAAUAUUUAUAUCGUGGUAAAGAAAAAUAACAAUGAUGUGUUUGAGAGUCAAUCCUCAAAAUUGAAGAAAGCUCAAAAGAAAAAGGGAGUUCCAUUACAAAAGAACAAAGAAUGUGCAGGUGAAGUAUUAAAUCAGUUAGAUGGAGUUGCACAACAAAAGAACAUAAAUUCUGCAGGUGAAGUAGUAAAUCAGUUAGAUGGAGUUGCACAACAAAAGAACAUAAAUUAUGCAAGUGAGUUACUGAUUGAUAGAAAAGUAGACGAGAAGAUAGAAAGUGAAUAUUUGGACUAUAAUCCGGUAGGUGAGAGUGACACAGAUGAUGGGUUGAGCGAUGAUAACUUGUCAAAUGAUGUUGAGUACAUUGAAGCAAGGAAGAACACAACAAAGUACAAAAAAAUGCAGCCUGAAAUUGUUCAGACUAUGCACACCGUAAGAAGUGUUCGGAGCACAGGAAAAGUCAAGGCCAUUGAAUCUGGGGCUGUUGCAUCUUGUGCUGACUCAGUUUCUAGUGAGUUUCAUAGUGAUUAUUAUGACUCUGAUGCUGAAGUAAAUUCAGAUGGAAGUGAUGAGGAAGAGUGUAAUGGAAAAAAGAAGAAAUAUGGGGUAUAUGAUCCUAAAUGUGACCAUAAACUACUGGUGCUAUUACUGGGAAUGAAAUUUGAGAAUGCACAUCAAUGCAAAGAAGCAGUUCGGGAGUGGGCUAUAUGGAAUGGCCAUAAUCUUAAAAUCAUACGGAGUAGCAGAUAUCAGUUAGAAAUGCGUUGCAUGAAAAACUGUCCCUGGAAGCUUUAUGGUAGUAUGUUGCCAGAUGAAUGUACAUUUUGUAUAAAAACUCUGGUUAGUGAGCAUUUAUGUCCUAGAGUGCUGGAAAAUAGGAUGGUGACUGGUAAUUGGAUAGCAAAACAAUACAGGAACAAGUUUAGAAGAUGUCCUAACUUCUCUGCUAAAGAGUUAGCGGGUGAUCUCUUAGAAACUUUUUGUGUCAGAGUGAGUAGAGCAAUGCUGUACAGAUCUAAAAGUCUUGCGUUAGAAAUGCUUAGGGGGUCUGUAAUUGAACAUUACGGAUUCCUAAGAUCUUACAAGGCUGAACUGAUGAGAGUCGAUAGAGAGGGAAGAUUUGACUUCAUGCUUGAGGAAGGAGGGACUUUCAAGGCGUUCUACAUUGGGUUUAGCUCUCUGAAAAAAGGGUUUAUGAAAGGAUGCCGAAAGAUAAUUGGAUUCGAUGGGUGUUUUUUGAAAACAUUUCUUGGUGGAGCUUUGCUUACCGCAGUGGCUAAGGAUGGGAACAACCAAAUGUUCCCUAUUUGUUGGGCUGUGGUCGAGUCUGAAAAUGAGUUCUUCUGGACUUGGUUUCUUGAAAUUUUGUUUGAAGAGCUUGGGAUUAUUGAUGGGUAUGGAUGGAGCUUUGUUAGUGACCAGCAGAAGGGACUUACAAAUGCAAUUAUGAAGCUUACCCCACACGCCGAGCACAGAAAUUGUGCCAGGCAUGUCUAUUGCAAUUGGAAAAAAGAAUUUAAGGGCCAGACAUUGAAGAAUCUGUUUUGGAGGGCAGCGAGAAGUACUUAUGAGGCAUCAUAUAAUGCUGCUAUAGAAAAGUUGCUUGAAGAAGAUGAGGCAGCUCACAAAGAUUUUCUUAAAAGAGGACCUAAUAAAUUUUGUAAGUUUUACAUGUCUGAAUACCCUAAGUCUGAUAUGAUAGACAACAAUGUAUGUGAAUGCUUUAAUGGGUAUAUAGUUAAGACUAGGGGAAAGCAUAUCAUUGAAAUGCUUGAGGAAAUUAGGUGUGCUUUGAUGGAAAGAAUGCAUAAGAAGCACACUGAAAUGACUGGUGUCACAUUUACAAUUUGCCCUAGGAUUAGGGAAAGGGUAGAAGAGUUAAAAUACAAUUCUAGAAUUUGUACUGCCACACCAUCCAUAGGGGAUAAGUUUCAGGUAGCAAUAAAGGACGAUCAAUAUGUUGUAAACUUGAAAACAUUGACCUGUACUUGUAGGGCAUGGCAACUUACUGGUAUUCCAUGUAUGCAUGCAUGUUCUAGUAUCUUAUGGUUGAACAAGGACCCUUUAGAUUUUGUGGAUCCCUAUUAUUCUGUUCAAAUGUACCUGGAAGCCUGUCGAUAUGCCAUUGAACCUUUAAAUGGCAAGAAGAUGUGGCCUAGAGCAGAAGGUAAUGCAAUUAAGCCACCGGUGAUUAAGCCAAUGCCCGGACGACCAAAAACGAAGAGAAAAAGAGGCAUUGAGGAAGAUAAGAAUCCAAACAAGCUAUCGAAGAGUGGAGUUCUAAUGAGUUGCUCGAGAUGUGGAGUUGUGGGUCACAAUACAAGAACUUGUAAGGAAACUAACAUUCAACGACGAGUAAAGACACCGGCUUCUAGAGGAAGACCAAGAAAACCUAUUGCCCCUGGGACAUCACAUAGACAGCAACUACCAAGAGUAGUCUCCGCUGAUGAUAAGCGCACUAAAAGGAGAGAAAAAAGACGGGUUAAUGAGGGUUUUGGAGUUAGGAUAAUUGAAGAAACAAAUAAUAUGUACAUCCGGCCACCAGGAACCAAACCAGAGACCAGCCGCGCUCAACUUAUUGCUGCCGGGAGGAACCAGCAAUCACAAGCACAACCACAAGAACAACCAGCUGCAAGCGGUGGAAGGAAUGCCAGAGGUGGAAGAGGUGGAAGAGGUGGCAGGUCAGGCAUGGGUGGCAGAGGUGGAAGAGGUGGCAGGUCAGGCAUGGGUGGCAGAGGUGGCAGAGGCAAUGAGGCAUCAACGGUGACAAUUCAACCUUCAUAUGCAAGGGCAACAACAAGUAGUCGAGGAAAAGCAGUCAUUGCCGUUAUUUUGUCAAAACUUGGUUACACCAAUUAUUGCAAUGUAAUAAGCCAUUUUAUGCUAUAUCUGUUUGUGUUGUUACCAGUAUACAUUUUUGUUGUAAACAAUGGCAAAAAGGGUAUGCAUAUCAUUAAGGUUCAAGCUUGA